UUAUUUUUGGAUGAGAAAAAUAAGGAUUUUUGAAAUUGAUUGUUUGUUUGAUUUUGGAUCGAACGGUAAAGGUGAUCGAUACGGAAUAGUGUAAAAGAAGGGAAAAGUCGAUUUUGGUGCCGAUGUAACGAGGUAACGUUGUAACGUUUGGACCGAUUUACAUGAGAGUGUGCAUCCUCUGAUUUCGUAACUCCGUGACAGCGGGGAAACAGAUGGGCGAAGACAUGUGGAGACUUUGGUUCACGAAAUUGUUGGCGGUGGUGUUGCUCUUCGCUUGUGUUGUGGAAACACGAUCUGAGGAUAAUGGAUCGUUGACAGAAGACAGACUAGCUAGGAUAGAAAGAGAUCUGCAAGGUGUAACCACGGUCCUCCUAGUCUCAGCACGACCCGGCAAAUCCAUCCCUCCGGUCGGUCUGUUAACGAAAACCGCGCGAACCUUCGUCCAAGAUGGCGCCAGUACGGAGUUCGCCACUCAAAUACUCGGUACUACAUUGGAUAAUGGUCGUGUAUACGCCAAGAUAUUGGCCACGUCUAGUAGAGUAUUCUAUGACAAGGAACCUACGCCAGAUUCCCCCACGCCGUAUGUGGUUUAUCCUUCGAGAACCACCGACGACGAUUGGCAACUCAAGGUGGCCCUUGAUAACACACCCAUUAAAGCUUUGGAGGAUAUCGAAAAUUCUGGGUUAGAGAGAGAUUCUGAUAGUCAGAGUGGGGAAGGAAGAUCUUCGAUGAAGUUGGAUGAAUUAUCUAAAGAGAAUGAUAUAUUUAGCAGGAGAGAAUUGGGAUCAGAUUCACAGAGAUUCAAACCUGCGAAGAUCAGACCUGCUGACAAUCUUCCUACUUAUACAGUGACGCACGAGUACGUAACCAAUAAUUUCGAUAAUCUCGAAGAGGACCAGCCGAAGAGUUUUAGACCCAGAUUGCCCAAGAUUUUUAAGCCUCAGGCCAAAACUCCUGUGCAGAGAAAAUUGGACUCAAAACCUCUGGCAACUGUGACAUAUCAUGGAUUCGCCGAGUUCACCACUACCGUUGGUGAAACAGUUAUAGUUUUCUCACCAAGUACAUCACCAGCGCCUAUUGGUCGUCCAGCUACCACAAUCAAAGGUGAUGCGACUUUGAGACCUGACGAUGGAGUUGCGGUUGUAAAAAUCAGACCUACUAGCGUAGUCACUGGCCAAGAAAAGACCAAACAACAUUCUGGACGUAUAUCUGAUCCGCAUAGCGAAACGGGUGAUCCUCUAUUGGAUGCUAUCAACAGAGCCAAUAUUCAGCCUAGUGUUACAGAGGAAUUCGAAGAGUCUUCAACGACGUCCACGGAACCUCUUCUUCUAAUACCAGAUGUUGAAACUGAUUCAGUGAAACCAACAGGACUUUUGAAAGUCUUAGAUUCUACUACUUCUCAGGAUGGUACCACUACUCAUUAUAAGAGUCUGAUCUAUGGUACUUAUAUCGGUACGAAUUACGCUCAAAUUAUCCAUACCUCAUCGAAUGUAUACUUUUUCCCCGAUGAAGCUACUGUUACUUAUGAUGCCGAGGAUACCACUAUGGAUUAUGGAACAACUGCUACUGAAUCUGAUGAGGAACAAGACACUACGUUGCAAAUGACAACAGGCACCACGCCGAGAAUAAUCACCACUAGCGAGGAAGUUCCACCAGAGAUGAACGAAUUGACUACUCCAUUCAAAGAUACCACUGAUUCUGCAUUAACGACAUUGAAAGAUAUUUUGGAGAGUGCAAGAAGAGUAGUGCUUGGUACUACAGAAUCAAUUGCUCCAACAUUGGAUGACGAGAUUCCUAACGAUAUAGUUCCUGGAGAUCCUCAAGGUCGUAGUAUCAAAGGUGGCAGCUCGAAAAACAAUUUUGGACAUCAGGAUCAUAAAGGACACGGAUUCAUUGAGCAGGAAGAAAAAAUUUCUUUGGCUACCAGACUCCUUCCUUCCACAAUGUACAAAACGUUUACCUAUUACACCACUUUCUUCAUUCCUAAUGGCGAUCAGACUACGACUUCUAUACGUUCCAGAGAAGUUGUGUCUUCAGAUGUUACUUAUUUGACGGAGCUUAUUCUACCAAGUGAAACAAUAUCCUCCAUUGUUCCCACGGCUGUUACUGAACCUAUAUCGACCAAAAUCACUCCUGAUACGAAUCAAGCAAUUGAAGAGGAGCAGACUACUAAACAGGACGAAGAGAUAGAGUUGAUCUUUAAGACUCUGUAUACCACGUAUACGUAUUUGACUACCUUCUUCCAGGAGAGUACUUCCAGCAUUUCCAGUCGCGAAGUCGUAGAAACGAAUGUGAUCACUCAAACUGUUGGUCCAAAUGGAGUGUCUGCAGUAGUUGCAGGGUUGUUCGAGAAAGAUGAACCUACCUUGAUAUUGCCAACAAAAAUUUCGGACAGUGUUUUGCCUUCAACGACUCUUGAACAUGAGGAAGGAACUGAAAAAUAUCCAACAACUUUAGAACAAACAACAGAGGAUACUCUUACAACGAUGCAAGAACAAGAUAUCACUACUGAUCAGAAUAUUCCAACAGAGUCGGGAAUAAUUAUUGAAAAAGAAAUUGAAGACACAAAACAAACGAUUCCUGAAAUCGAACCCAGUCCAACUCCAAUUUUACCGACCGAAGAAGUGAGGAAACAGAUCAAAACUUACUACACAACAUACACUUAUUAUACUACAAUAUUUGUUGACGACGAGACAGAAGUAGAAACGAGAACAGAAGUGUUCACCAAUGUAGUAACAGAAACUAUUCAGCCAACCGCUGUAAUGCCAAUUAUCCAAGAAACUGAGAAACCAUUUCCAUCAACAGAGGAACCAGUCAAAAAACCUCCUCCAGAAAUCUUGGCAUAUUUGGAAGCUAUUCAAAGACAGAAAUCGCAAGAAGAAGCGUUUCUUCUUGCCAAAAAGGUUCAACAACACGGGACUACUAAUAACGAAGAGAGUACAACUAUAUCUGAGGCUAAAGCAGAAACUACAACGGAAUAUGCAAGUACUUUUGAAGACCAACCAAUUACAGAAAAUUUGUUUCGAGGUUUCGAAGUAAACGCACAAGUAACGCCAAAUCCACCAAUCGAAGGAGAAGUUUUAGGAUCUAUGAUCACUGACGUGGUAUCGUCUUCCAGUUCUGGAGGAGGUACAGUGUUAGAUGUAAUGGACAAGAGAAACGCGGUUCCCGAGGAUCAAGAACUCUCAGAAUCGAACCAUCAUGACGUAGAGCCAAUACCAACGCUUUUGCUUCAAACGAGUUACACUACCUUUACUUAUUUUACGACAAUGUAUAAAGGUGAUGAAUCAAAUGUGGUAAGUCGACUAGAAACGGUUACCAAUGUGGUGACUGAGACUAUUAGGCCAACAGCAGUGAUACCCAUGGAGACGAGUACUUUACCAGUUACGUACUUCACGACGUUCACUUAUUGGACAACGUUCUACAAAGAUGGCGAUACUAUUACUACUAGUCGUGAAGAAACUGUUAGCAAUGUUAUUACACCAGGAGUGUCACCUACUCCUACUGUGGAGUUAGGUGUAAUCAUGACCUAUAGACCAACGACGUUGUACAUUGAGGAUACUAGUGAUAGUCUAAUCAACGAAAAAGAAUCCAAAAUCACUGCUGAUAACGAAGUGACACCUUCAGCUGCUAUUCCUAUUGAAAAUUCCAAAGGCGAAAAACCAGACACUACAACUUCCAAAGACAUUGCUUCGCCAUCUUUUGAGAAUACUGUAGAAUCCACAACGAUUUCACCUGAACCUACCACAUAUUAUACUACUUAUACUUAUUACACCACUUCCUAUAUUGGCAACGAGACGAUUAUGAACAGCAGAUUGGAGACUGUCACAAGUGUCUCCAUACCUGAAGUUAUUAUCACCCAACAACAAGCAACCGGUAGAGCAAUUGAUGGGCCAGUAUUCAAGCAAACUAUAGCAACCGAGGAGAAACCAGUUACACCAUCAAAAACUAGCGAACUUCCAAAAAUUGGAUUAAUCUCGACGAUUAGAUCUAGCCAAGUUAAUGAUGGUACUACCACUCAUUAUAUGACGGACAUUCAUGGCACAUACAUCGAUGGAUUGUACGCUCAAAUUGUGGAAAGUUCAACAAAAAUAGAGACACCACCUUUGCCAUCGUCUGUUGCUACUCCAGUUUUGCCAACAGGUAUUUUAUCGAUGAACAAAGGUACUGUGAUAGAUGCUGAUGAAAUCACUACAAUUUAUUUUACCACGAAGCAAAUUGGAACAUUAUUAGAUGGUUUAUAUGCAAAAGUCAUCGAAAGUACUUCGAGUACAAAGAUAAACGAGGAAAGAAGAGCAACUAUUUUACCUACUCAUGGUCACAGAACUGGUCUGGUGAGGUUGAUCCAAGGACAGAUCGAAAAUAAUGGAACUACCACAUUCUAUCAAUCAAAAGUGAUUGGAACCAGUAUCGAGGGUAGAUAUGCUCAGAUCAUAGAGAGUACUUCUAGCUUUUUUUCUGCUACUCCAACAGAAAGUAUUUCACCUACUUCAACCCAACCGCCUACCAAACCUACUGAAAUCCCGGAGAUUUUACCUUCGCCUGCAGUGAUUCAAUCGUCCCUAUCAGAAGAACAUACAACGGAAUCUCCAGAUCAAGACGAAGAUUCAGAGCAGAAUGAGGAAAGUGAAGAAGAGGAUGAAGAAGGGGAAGAUGGACAAAGUUCUAAGAAAAAGUCUAGACUGACUUUCUCCACUAGAAAAAGAACGUUCACUCCGGUAAUCAGACCAUUUGCAUCUAGAAAUAGACCUACGUUCAAUCCGAAACGAAAAGGUGCUCAGGGUGCAACAACCAUUACUAGAACAGACAUAACACCUACGAUAACCGCAACAUUGGCUGGAAAAGGCAAUAGAUUCGCUUCAUCCAGAGGUCGAGUUAGUUCUCCGAUAGGCCCGUAUUCCUCUACUUUGUCUCCAUCAGGUUCCAGGAGAUUUGCUGGAAGAAGAGGUUCUCCAAACACAGCUAGUUCAUACUCUUCGACUAUAAGUGGAAGUACCAGAGGUAGGCCUCAGUCUAGAAUAUCUCCAUCUUCAGUCUUUCAAGGUAACAGACGCGGACCGACAUCUAUUAGAGGUUCGUCUGCUAGACCUGCAUCUCGUGGCUCGAGUUCCGCUUUUCCUGGAGCUUCUACCAGAUAUAGAUCACCGAUUAGACCGUCAUCUACUCUGUUAAGAGGUCAAUCGACGGUUAAACAUGACGAUCAAGAGAACGAUGCUAACGAGUUCACAACGACUACUUUGAUUACUGAGGAGACUCCUUAUACCGAUGAUGUGGAAGAUGGUGAAACUGUGACAACGCCUCUGCAGACAACCACAGAGUCAUCGAGAAAAUCUACAAAUCCCUUACUAAGAUUCCGUAGGCCAAUUGGCUUGAAUAAUUCUGGAAGAACUGGUACAACACCUAAACCACCAACGACUACGAGAAGAAAUGGAAAUUUGAACAGACCAACUUCACCGACUGUUCCUAAAGUGACUAACGCCAGAACAAAUGGAAGAAACGCUCCAAUAUCAACGAGACCAAGACAAAGUAACACUGGAUUGUUUCCACCUCGAGGCCUAUUUGGAAAAAAACAGGAACUAGCCACCGAGGAGCAGAUAGAGGCUAACGAGGACUUGGAAACCGAAGGGGAAGAGAAUUUCGAAGAUGAGCCUGUGGAGGAAAUAGUUGAUAACGAUUAUGAAGGUUCUGAACAUGAGGACAGGAUCAAUCGUCGUUCUGGUAAAUCCAUUAGACCUACUGUGCAAAUAAGACCGUUCAUUAGGCGAAGAAUACGUCGACAGACGAGUCAAUUGAGAUCAUUGACCAAUAGAUUCAGAAGGCCAAGUCAGUCAAAUUUGAAGUCUGAAGAAAAAUUAGACGUAAGCGAGAAUGUAUCCAGCAAAGAAGAAAUUCCAAAGUCUAAUUCCAAGCCUAUUGCUCGUUACAAUAAUCGUGGAAGGUCUCUAACAGUAUCCAGGUCUCCAACAAAGUCAACCAAUAAUCCUGAGAAAACAUCGGCAGAGUCUGCAGAAUUGAAUCAGAAUAAAGUCAGGAAUAGAUCGAAACAGGGGAGUAACGGUGACAGAAACGCUUCUUCCAGAAUAAAACCGACAUCAACCUCUAGCAAUGGUAGACAAUUUACGCUAAGAGAGAAAGAUGGAACUUCUUCUAGCAGAUCGAAUUACAAAAGACCCAAUUCAUCUAUAUCUAGAUCGAAUGGAAGAUCCAACAACAACAAUGUAAGACCUCCACGAUUGCGAAAUGGUUCGAAUAAAUCCUCAGAAUCAACUAGUACAAGACGCGUACCUCCAUCUAGUCGCAGUUCUUCGAGAACUUCCAAUAGAAACGGUAAUCGAAGAGGUUCUUCCAGAACAAGAGGAUCUCUAGAGGAUAUUAGAGAAGCGCCCACUGUGUAUCCAGACUUUGACGGUACCAUCACAGUCACCCAUUAUGUGCCCACUGAGGUCACAAUCCCCGUGGUCAACAAUGGUAUCACAGAGCACAGGAAUAUCAUUACCGCGCAACCUAGUACCGAAGUCCUAAGUCCAUCUCAAUACAGUACAGUGACAGGUGGGGACGGCAAACCAUUAAUGGUGAUUGUUAGCGAGAUAACCGGUACGAAUCCUCAAGGUCAGACCGAGAUAACCCGAUUCUUGCUUCACGAGACGCCCACCACUCGUGUCUCCUACACGUUGACUACUCUCGGUGGUCGAAGAGCCUCACAAUCGGUGAUCGUACCCUCGACUGUCUACUCCGUAGAAAAUGUGGUGUCCACAGUACAACCUACUCUUCCUGGAAACGCGCCUCUAGCAAAUAUCCUUCUAUCGCAAUUGCUUCUUGGUCAGUUAGGUCAGGCGAAUCCCUUACUUCAACCCCAAGGUACACCGUCCACGCAAUACAAUACUCGUACUACCUCAUAUGUGACCACGAUUACCAAACAACAGAGUACCGUGAUUCCGCUCACUUUUCGUGGCAAGGAAAUACUUACAACCCUGGUGGACACCUCGACGGAUAUAGUGACCGCAACAGAGUUCAUCACAGACACGGUAGUGGUCACACCCACGGCGGCUUUGCCAGCUGCGAAUUUGAAUUCGUUAUUACUGUUGCUCCAGCAGCCCCAGCCCCAGAAAAACGCGAAUCCUCUGUUGGAUCCUCUGUUCGCUGCCCCUCCAUUCACCCAGAGCAACACUUUGCCCGGUGAGGUCGAAAGAAGACAUCAGCCAGCUGAUUUGGAUUACAAACACGAUAGCUAUGAAUAUUCCGACGAGGAGGAGGAUGUUCAAGAGUAUCAAAAGUCGUCCAGAACGAGAAAUGGCCGGGGCAAAUCGAACGAUAGAAAAGAGGAUAGCGCGCCUAGGGAAGAGUCCAGUGUGGUGACAUUGUACGUAUCCGGUAGGAGGCCAGGGGAGUUCAGCACCGUUCUGAGCACCGUGAAAGUGACCGAUACAGCCAGCUCGUCCCGAAAACGACGAGACACCGGCAAUGAUUUGGUCGUCGAAGUACGACCAUCUAUCCCGCCUUCGUUGCACGAGGGAUCGGAGGAGAUCACCGUCCUGGCGGGGAGCGAGGACUCGCUGGACGCACACGCGCCGACACAGAGUCUCGAGAGCGUAGUGGAAAACGUCGUCUUUUCAGAUGACUUCUACCCUGACAACUACUACCGAUUAACGAGCGACAUCGAUAACAAACGCACGUGGUUGCCUGAAGAGAAUUCUAGGAGCGUGACUUCGUUUGAUGAAGAUUACCUCGAGGAAACACCCAGAAAACGCGUGAGAAUUCGCGUUCCUGUAGUUAGAAAAAAUGGAAGACAGCAUAAAUUGACUGUUGUCAGACGAAGGCCUAUUACUUCCAAAGUGGAAGAAUCUUCGUUGACCAUGACUAGUCACACCCCGAGAAGAAUAGUGGUGACACGAGUGAGGACUUUGGGAUUGGCUAAUUCCAUUUACAGCGAUUUGGAGACUGAUAGUUUUAAACCGGAAAUUGGAAAACACAAAGUGACCAUCACCAGACGCAGGAAAAUUGGAUCGACUACAGUUACGCCUACUAGUACUGAGAAGAAAGCCAGGAUUACUAGAAGGAAGUUGAUCGCUGUUAGACCGGUACAAUCUACACCGAGUUUCGCAAUUAUCACAACUGGAUUCUUCACUGCCCCAUCAUCUGAAUACGACGAAGAAUAUUCCGAGGAAGAAAAUGACGAGGAAAUGGAGAACAAGGAGGAUGUUACUUCUACAGUCACGCCUGAAUUGAAGGAACCGCCUAAUGUCAUUGAUAGUAAACCUGACGAGAUUGAGAUUGAAAGUAAAACGGAAGAGAUUGAACCAAAAGUUGUCGAAGAAAGUGUCAUGGGUUCGCCAGUUAUUAUCACUGAUAAUUUCUUUUUCCCACCAUCUGAUGAUGAAGAUGAAAAUGAAUAUGAAGAAGAAUAUAUGGAUACGACGACUGAAGAGGUAAAUACAAAUGAAGAAAUUCCAACGACGACUGAAUCGACAAAAGACGAAGAUGAAAAUGUUUCGAACAGAGAGGACAUGUUAACCACAUCUGCGACUCCUGAUCUGUCCGAGAAAAAAGAAACAGCGUUGGAAAAAUCUGAAGAAACGUCACAUAAUGUUGCUGAUCAUGAAAUGAGUACAAUAUCUAUUGAUUCGAAAGAAGAAGAGAAGUCUGAAGAAGUUUCGACGAUUGUAAAAUCAAGAAAAGACGAAGAAGUAAUAAUCACAACGCAAAAAAGUUUUGAAGAGACAUUGGAAGAAAAUGUUCCAACGACCACUUAUCCUGAGAUUAAAGAAGACGAUGAGAAAGAGGAUGAAAAAGAAAAAGAGCAUGCAACGACAGUCGAGACGAUAGACACCACAAUACCUGUGGAGGAAACUACAAUCACUGUUCUGAAUUCUGAAGAAAAAACAGAGACUGUAAUAACUUUUGAUAGAGAAACUACAACAAUUGCCGAGGAAGAAGAAAAAAUUAAUAACACCGAACAUUCUUUAUCAUCUACUGAAACUAGUUAUCAAGAUUCUUCAUCAGAAGAUAAAGAGUCGCGGGAAAAAGAUAUCGAAUUCCAAGUUACAACUAUUGCAAUUGACUUUGAAGAUACUUCACCUAAAAAUCAUGAAGAUUCUCUUGAAAAACAUUUAGAAUCCAAUACCACAUUAAUUGAAACUGAUGACUCGGAGAAGGAAUCUUUAUCUAAAAACACAGAAAAUUCCCUCAAAAAAGAUAUCAAAUCUCACGUCACGGCAAUCGAAUCCAAAGAUUCUCCCAAAAUUGAUACCGAAGAAUCCCAAACCUUAAAAGAAUCGACCGAAGAUCUCAAUAAAGAGACUCAAUCUCUCUCAAUCAAUAAUUACCCUAUUGUAAUAACCACCUCAAGUUUUAAAUCAGAAACUGAAAGAUCUUUCCCAGACACGAUAGAUUUCACCCUUAAACAGAUUCCAGAAACCGCAACGAAAUCUGAAGAGAAAGAAGAUAAUUUGACGGUACAACCCAUAGAGUCAAUUACAGAAUUCACUUCGUCUUCGACACUUUUCGUUGAUAUAUCUCCCAGUUUCGCAAGUGUCCUACCGUUAGAAACGUCCCAAUCACUCGACUCCAACACCCUUAGCUACUUGGACGACUCCGAGAUCCCAAGCGUGAUCCCCCUUGGUGUCGAGUAUAUGUCUGACUCAACGAGUACUUCCGUGGUACUCGAGGCAACACCUAGCAUCGAGGGUAUAGUGACGACAUCUAUCUCGUCGCCAACCCCCGAGGAAAUCGAGGCAGGAUUGGCAGAUGACCUGUAUUUGUCCCUGUCGAGGCCAGACUUUCCCGAGAUUCUGCCGUCGAAACCGGUCCACGUGGAGCACGAGACCAGAUCCGAAACCCCGGAUUUAGAACCGAGCACGAGCGUUUACUAUACCGAGACAGUGGUUACGUCGACACGACUGAGAACGUAUACUUACGUGGUGACGCAACUAAACGGACUGGAGACGAAAGUGACAUCCUCGACGACCGUCCGACCGAGAGUGACGACCCUUACGUUGACAGUGCCCGUCACGGUGACCGUCACUCCUACCGUGGAGUCGUCAGCGUACUCAGUUUCGUCUGUGUAUAGCCCGGUGCCCGUUGCUGGAGAACAGGAAGGAAAAGAUGAAGAAGGUCGAAGGUUUAACUUGGCCACUCGCGUCAUGUCAAAUGGAGUCGAAGUGAUUGUGGCAGGACCAACACCGGCUCUACGAUGGGAAAACUCGAUUCCUCAGCCUACGCUGACAUUGUCUGACGCGGUCGUCAUGAUGCUUCCACAAGAUAAACCGAAUGAAUUUGUCACAAAGACAUGCACAACUACCUUCACGUAUCUUACAACUAUUACGAAGGAUGGAACGACUAUCGUGUCGACAGAGCAACAGGUAAUAGCAAACACGGCAACUGAGGAACGUCACAGAAAGCCUGGAUCAGAAACUGCAGCGGUAACAUUGGAAGCGUCUCCAACGUUACGCACAGAAGUGUUCAAAACCACUUACACCUAUCUAACACUAAACACCGAUCAUUCGGAUAUAAACGACGCUUUGGAAAGCAGUACUAAAGUAAUUACAAAUACGGUUACCGCCCCUCAACAUUAUCUGGACAUGAUUCUCGAGCCAUCGGAAGCGCCACGACCGGAAACGAACACAUAUCUCAGCACUAGGAUGCUGGAAAAGACUUUCAUGGAGGAUGGACGUACUAAAAUAGAAACAACUAGUGAUACUAUUACUCAGCUCAUAGUAACAGAAUCUGCACCACCUCCUCGUCCAACUAGUGUCACGACCACAUUAACAGCGUUAGACAGUACGGAAGAAAACAUGACAGACGUCAUGAAGACUUAUUAUAUUACCUAUACUUAUUACAAUACCUUCCUGGAGAAAGGGAGCACAGUGGUUCGUACGAACGUGGCGACGUCCACUGAUGUUGUGUUGGAGAAAGUGCCUGUCAAGAAAACCACGAAGACAGCCAUGGUGAAUCCCACUCCGGAACCUAUUCAAAUCUUUGCCACGAAGACGUAUCUAACCACGUUUACCUACUUUACGACGUUGCUUCAGGCGGGGCCAGAUGGAGAGACUUCCACAACAGUCUCUUCGAGGUCGCACAUUGUAGAAAACGUGGUAACAGAAUCGAUAGCACCCAGUUUACUAGAUGCUGGUUACAUGAACGCUUUACUAACAACUGCACACCACUCUGAUCCCGUGAAAAACGUGGUCACUGGUUCGACGAUCAUUUUCUUCGAUGAGGAAGACCAAAUUGAUCCUACUACCAGCACCAACUACCCGGAAGCCACCUCUUCGGUGGAAGUGCAGAAGGAUGAAACGAUUUCGUCUAGCUUUGUAUCUACUGAACCAUCUCCGGUUGUUAACGAACCAAAUCUGAAACCUACUGAACAAAUUAAUCAGGAGAACAAUGUAACGGUUUCCGCAGAAUCUGGGCAGAACAAAAAGCCUGUCAAUCAAAACACGAGUGAUCUUCAAGUGAGCAAUCUUCUGAGUCUAGGUUCGUUAGGAAUCAAUAGUUUGUCGGCUUUGGGUCCAGUGAUUACUGCGAUGGCUGGCCUACUUCAGGGUAAAACCACAGCAACACGAAGGAAUGAUUCGAUACCACAGGCAGAAACGCAGGAAGUCACUACGCAAAGAUCACCUAUUUACAUACCUGUCGCUGAGUUCGCUGAUGGAGAUAUUGAAGCUGCUGAAAGUCAAAAUAUAGGUACACAUCUGGCAAACCUCAACCACAAUUACAUCGCAGAGACGCGUCAUAAAGUUGCAUCCAGCCUGGCAGAUGGAAUUCCAAUUUCUCCAGGCGAGGUAAUCACCGCGAAUAGCGAUGUGAUCAUCGGUAAACCAGGAAAAAUGGCACCAAGACCGCCUCAAACGUUCUUGGAGGACGAAGAAAACAUAGGAAUGAAACCACCACCGUUACCAGUUCCCAACAUUCCAGUCCAUCCUGUUCUCGAGGUCCUGGAGAACGAUCGGGAUGAUGCUCAGCAAACCCUUCAGAGUCACAAAGGUCCACAGAUAAAGAUAUAUCCUGCGCAUCAGAUCUACGAGGAACACUUGAAGAUACCUAUCUCUAUGCCUGUCGAUACGAAUCCUACGUUGAAACAACCUCAAAAGCUGCUUCCGGUUCAACCGACCCCCCCAAAGAGGAUUGGUUCGAAGCAAGAUGUGUUAGAGAACGAUCCUCUGUUGAAGCCACCCGAUAGACCUAACGUGGAACAGUAUGCGAAUCCAAAUAUGAAUCCAAAGGAACCUGAAUGGAGUCCUGAUAAAACAAGAAGACCUUGGAGUGCUAAGGAUCCCCUGAAGCUUCCUCCGUCCCAUCCUCAGUUUGAUCAGAAAAUCGAUCUGGGAAAGCCAUCGAUGGAUAAACUUUGGCCAACUGUUCCAUCCGAGGAACAAAAGCGACCACCAUGGGCCCAGAAAGACCCUUUACUUCCCGAAACUUCGAUUGUCAUUCAAACUUCGGAAUCCAAACCAACACCAGCGGAGCCCAUAGUUCAUCAAGUACCACACGUCAUCGAUAGAUCAACCGGGCAACCUUUGUUGGUUAAUAUCCAACCCAGUCAGGUGGCCAACGUGGUAAUUCCUCAAGGUGGCACUCAGGCAUUGAUAUUCGGUGACACGAGCGAACCCCACAUCAGUGGACAAUAUUUCGACGAUCCAUCACCCUAUCCUGAAUCAGAGGUUGUUAGGUUCCUUGGAAUUCAAAGGGUAGAAAAUCUACCCCAAUACACCAAUGGAAAGGAUCCAGCAGAUUAUAUGGUACCACCAUCGCCGCCACUCAACUUCAAGACGUUACCUGAGAAACAUCCUUCUAAUCGUCCAGCAACCAUCCCUUUAUCACCAGCUCAUUUCGAUUAUGAAAGACCGCAAGAUAAAUUAGAAGUAUCCUUGGUCAGGCCAGAAAAGAAGCCAUCCGACGUGCAUUUGAUCAAACAUCCCGACAACUUGGGUGUCCUUGGCGGUCAAGGUCACGUGCAUACAGAGAUUUUGGUUCAUCACAGACCGGAAACCGUGAACGUUCGACCUCAGAGCAUUCCUCAUCCUGCUAUCCAUCCUCACGUACACUCCAACAAUCAUUUACCGCCACGAGGACAAUAUCCAAAGAUUUCAAAGCCUGUAGAGGCCGGAACGCCGCCUCGAAGAACGGAAAUGUCGAAUCCAUCGGACAAUUCGCAUCGAUACAUUUUAUUGGCUAAGCCAGACUCAGGAAACGAGAUCAUCUUGAAUUCUAAUUGGAAGUCGGACAAGAAACCGCCGAGAAUUCUGAUGAAUAACAGGCUGAGGCCGCGUCUACCGUUGAGAUCGACAACCAGUCGUCCUCCUCUGGAUAGACCGAUUUACCCGGAAAGGCCUGGUAUCAGGAAACCAGUUUACAACGGGCCUCAGAGGCUUCCGACGAAGAACGCGAACACAUUCGUGCUUCCUCAUCGUCCGAUCACCAAUCCUCAGAUUCAUCACGAACCAUCUAGAAUAACAACUUCUAUGCCUGGAGAAUUGGUAAGGGAUGUGGUGACUGAGAGGCAGCCUUCGUUUGGGGCUCGUCCUCAGCAAACAGAUCUUCAAAAUAGGCCACCUCAUUUCUAUCCUGAAAAGAGACCAACGAGCAUAGAGCAGAUGAAGCCACAAACCGAAAGAACAGAGGAAUACGUGCCUACUGGAGCGAUUGAGUAUCACAAUCCUUUGAAUCUCAAGUUAAAGCAAAAUGACAGGCCAGUUGUAUCAAGCAUUCAAACGCAGAAGUUCAAUGAGGCUUCAUCUAAUCAGGAUGUCAAGCCUGAGAAGACUCAAGAAACCUGGUACAGUGGUACGCAGACGGAGAAGACAUUGGAUUCAGAAAGUGAUGCCUCUGAACCGGUCAAGUAUCACAAUCAGGUGAAAGAAGUUGAAAAAUACGAUAAAACGAAAGGUGAUACGUCUUUGAUUAACGAUCACAAUAAUGAUACAUCAUCAAAUAAGAAUUCUUAUGUAGCUUCUGAUAAUACGAUGGUAGGAAAAAUUGGUGAAAUCGAUUCUCAGCAAGAUCAAAAGAAAAAACCUAUUUGGAUCAAUCCAGGAAUUCCGUUUGCGCAUAAAAACGAGGACGUAUCGAUUCAAACACAGUAUGGACCUAAUUAUUACAAUAGCAAACCUUAUGAGACGCCAAUAGUUCAAGGAAAACCAUUUGGUGUGUACACUGGACACGAAGAAUCAAAUUAUGGUUAUAAAGAAACAUCCGAAUACGACAUAGUUCAGGGUGUACCAUCGACAUACUAUGGAAAUAAAGUGCUUCAGAUCAGCCAUAAGAAUCAACAGAAUCAACAGACAUCUACGCCAUCUAAUCGUGAACAUGACGACACUAUAGAUCUGAAGCCACCAGCGAUCAUUCCGCAAUUCGUUCCCGAAUUGGACAAACCUAACAGACCAUAUCCACGACCGACUAUUGUAAAUAAAGUGGAAACCAGACCUGUGUUGUAUUCCAAGCCAGAGAUCAUCGGUCAAACCUCAGAAGUUAGGCCAGAUCAUGUGAACCGGCUUAAUGAAAGUAAACCAGAUACCUCAGAACAACAGUUUGGGAACAACAGUUUGAGUUAUUCUGAAAAAUUAAAUCAGAGCCACUUUCAAUUAGGUGGUUUUAUGGAUCUUAAUUGGGAGAAUGAAAUGAAAGCUGGCGAUAAAAGACAAGAGAUUCUGGUCAACAGGAGUGAAAUUAUGAAGAAUCAUUAUAGAAACAGCUCCAUUUCUCAUCAAAUGGAAAGUCAAUAUCCUCCUCAGACGAGCAUUAAUCCUGUCAAAUUAGAAAAGAAUCAUGCUGUGAUAAUUCAACAGGAUUAUAGUUCAGCAACUAAGAUUCAUCCAGAGUAUCCUCACAUAGUCACCAAACCUAAACCUCAAGUACCUGGUCCAAUCACUAUUUCAACAGCUAAUAACAAACCUGACACUCGACCAAACAUUAGGUUCUCCCUACCUGUGGAGGCAAUUGGCGAAGAGAUGGAUAGUAAGACGCAAACCGAACGGCCACCAAGCAUGUUGAUCACAACGAAUAAUUCGAGUGACAAGAAAAAGAAUACGGAGAAGAUAGAUACUUCCUAUCACACGAAUUUUGCGACCCAAGAUGCGAACAAAGAUGAUUCCAUGAAUCACGAGAGCAAGAUUCGAAUAAGGCCUAUUGAAACCUCCACUGGAGACAUGUUGACUAAUAUGGAAGGAAUGAACGUACCUUCUAGAGACAUGAUGCCCCCACCAUUAAGACCUGUGAUUGGCCUCAAUCAAUCGAAUAAAAACGAAGAGGAAGAUUUGAAACCACCACCCAUACCUUCGAGAGAUGUUGUCGGUUUAUCGCCUCCACCCGUUGAUAUUACCACAACAAAUAGCCCUACUGAAGAUAGAUUCUCAUUCGUUACGGCUAAUGAAUCCGGCUUGAAGCCUCCUCCUAAGUAUAUUCCUCUGAAAGAAUCUUCUGUUGCGCCUUUGCCCAGUGUUAGCAUGGUUCCUCCUAGCCCAAGACCAUCUCUUACUAGGCCUUUUAUCGUGGAAUUGUUGUCUCAGGACAUGGUACCUCCACCACCAGUAACUCAGACAACGAGGCCACUCGAAAUAGCCACCGUGAGACCAGCGGUAGCGGUGUCUGGAUCGAUUCAAAUCGCGACAGCUGUCGCAACAUCGCACAUACCAGUGGUCCAAGAUAUUGAAUCGAAGAUACCUAUCAUACACGGCACCGUUGAUCUUCCAGUAGUCAUAGACGUGCCUGAAAUACUUAGACCAAUCGAAACCAGGAAGACGGAGCACGUUAGCAUAUACACAGUGCGACCAUUCGACACCAGACCUGUAUCUAGAAUAUCGGUGCAACCAACAGCGAUGCUUACCACGAACUUAGUAAUCCCAACGAAGCUAAGACCAGUCCAAGUGGAUCACAUUCAACCAAGCAGAUCGUCUUCUACUAGGGACGUGGAACCAACUCGAUCACACAAUACCGAUAUUCCUCGAAAUCCGGUGAAACGACCAGAGCAUCCAGUAUUUUUGGAGUCAAGUCACGACAUCGUUUUACCAUCAUCGAAGGUGGAAGCUACAGAGAGUUUGAUUCACGUGGUAAGCACGAGUCAGAAGAAGGAGUCGCAACCCACUAUGACGAAGAACGAAGUCUCGAAGGUGAUCGUUUCACCAGUGACGGAAGUUAAGCGAAAGAACGAGACAGUUUCGAAGAAAUUGCCAAGUGUGGUCACCAGGAUUGACAGCUCGAUAACGAAGGUGACGAACACGUUGUUGGAGAAUGUCGAUAGACGAAACGAAUCGGUAAUCAAGAUGACGAAGAAUGUCAGCAAUACGCGCAAAGUUGGUAAUGAGACAACGACAACUAUGCGUAUGAAACCUAAAGAGGUGACACGAUUCCAGACAUCAACGGUAACGAGAACGGAAACAUCUGUAUUGGGUUCACCACCUACAACUCGAACAUUACUGCUUACCCACACGUUGACAUCAACCACAGUGGAAACGGUGACAGAAACGUUAUUACGUCCGACUAGCGUGGUUUCUACGGUUACAUCAACGAUUUUGCAAUCGAUAGUGACUAGAAUACCAUCAUCCUUCGAAAACGUUGUCGACAAUGAUUCCAUCUUCGUAGUGAUGAGCGAUCAGAAACCACCGGCACCUGGUGCUGAAGAGGUGGAGGCUGAAUAUGGUGAUAUUUCAAGAGAUGAACAAGAUCCAGCUGGAAACGAAGUUCAUAGAGUUCUAGCUGGUGGAAUUCUUGGAGCACCAGUAGUAUCUCUUCAACCUAUCGUCAAUCAAUGCACUCCAGAAUGUAGAGCCUCUAGAGCUGAAAUAUGUGCGGAAGUUGGAAGUGAAAUGAGAUGCAUUUGUCGACCAGGUUUUGCGAGAAUGUUCCCUGAUCGACCUUGUAAACCCACUUAUACUUAUACGUUACGAGUUGGAUUGGAUCGAAUCGGACACGAGCCAGUGAUUUACGAAGCCAGCAUGAACGAUUCGACGUCAACAGCUUUCAGAAAAUUACUAGGCCCUACUAAAGACGCCUUAGACAGGACUCUAAUGCAGAGUGAUCUCAGAGACAUCUAUAGGGGGCUGAAGAUAGCUGGUUUUACACCUGAUCCAACGAAAGUAGAAUUCCACGUUCAACUCAGCGAUAAUGCUAAUGAAACAAGGCUGAAAGAAGUACUUCGAAAAUAUCUGAUUGGAAGUAAUUAUAGUUUAGGAGGCACUGAAGUCUUUGCUUCGAAAAAUCUUGACGUAAUUGAAGCAACCGAUUUUGAUGAAUGCAUAACGGAAGACGGAGGACCUCAUCACGAUUGUUCGCCAAAUGCAGCCUGUUUCAAUCUACGAGGUUCUUAUCAGUGUUCUUGCAAAGAGGGCUGGGCAGAUUUGUCUGAGAAUCCUGCAUAUCCUGGAAGAUUUUGCUCUCAGGCGCCAUUAGGUUGUCCUAGCUGUAACAACAAAGGACAUUGCGUGACGAAUACUAAUGGUCAAGAAGUCUGCGAGUGCUUCCCUUGGCACAGUGGUCAGCGAUGCCAGGUUAAUCUCAAAGUGUUACUGAUAGCUCUGGUUACGACCGGUGCAAUAUUACUGGGCCUUUUGGCGGUGUGCGUCGGCAUGGCGUGUUUCCGUCAACCAAGUCGGAAACGAAGAACUGGCGACAGAAGGGCAAUGAUUCCUGGAACAGGCGGGGAUACCAGUAGCGAGGGUAGCGUGACGGAUCUAGCAAUUCCACACCACAUGCCGCAUGUUCUGCCACCACCCCCACAGAUGAUUGCACCCCUGCCACCGACCAAAAGACCUGCUCGAAAGAUCAGCACGAAACCUAGGCAUCUGCCAAGAAAAGCUACCAUGGUACCUGCAUCAGUGCCAGUGAACGACGAACAAAGAGAUCGUUCGUUGACAGUGAUGAUCCCUCGUGCCAAAUAUCGAUCGGCGCCCCAAUCUCCGCAGAAUUACAAGUCCGGGUUGAGCACGUUCUCGACAGAAGAGCACAAGCUGCUCAACUAUCUCGAGAACGGCACGCAUAACACCGGAAACAGGAAGCAAAGUGUAUCCAGCGCGAAGGAUUGCAAGGAGGCUGAUGUACAGAUCGUCAGAGCGCCAGCUGCACCAACUGGAGCUCUUGUUAGCGCUGGUUUCCAGGUGUCCGCAACGGUAACUCGUCAAAUGGACACCGAUUCAACGUUAGCCCGUUCCUGCGGUGAAACCACGGUAGAGACAGCGACGAAAGUGUUGCGAACUGGAGAUCUUCAAGGUGACCUGUGCUCUACUUUGGCUCGCUCCUGCGGCGAGACAACCAUCCAAGCACCGACGAAGCUGCUGAGGCUCGAUUUAGGCGAGGCUGGCUCGACUUUGGCCAGAUCCUGCGGUGAAACGACGAUUCAACCGCCGACGAAAGUCGCAGAUACUAGAAGGAACAGCGUUAAGGACGCCAGAGACACAAGAGACAGUGCCAGCGAAGGGCACACAAUGGCUGAGAGGGACCUAGGAAGCACGCUGAGACUUCCGGCGCAACAUCCGCCUCUUUACAGCCCGGACAGAACCAGCGAUCGAGAAUCAAACUUUGACUCUCUCUAGACAUCUUAUGCAAUUAAUAAAG